AUGCAGACUGCCAGGGAGAGAGGAGCUGAUGUACUGCUUAUAAAUGAGCAGUAUAAGAAGCAUAUAUACUCAAACUGGUUUCAGGAUGCAUCAAGGAGAUCAGGCAUAAUUAUAUGCAACCCCGUGCUUGCCAUCGGGAAAUUUUUGGAAACAGGUGACGGUUUCGUUUGGGUAGAGGUUGCGGGUGUUCGAAUUUACAGCUGCUACUUCUCCCCAAAUGAUCCCCUUGCAAAAUUCGAUACCGAGAUCCUCUCUCUUGAGGAAAGUCUUAAGACUUGCGUCGGGGAUGUCCUCAUUGCGGGUGAUUUCAAUAGUAAGUCACCGGAAUGGGGAGAGACUCGUCUUGACAGGAGGGGGACCUUGGUCACUGACAUGAUCUCCGCAAAUGGCCUGGUGGUUUUGAACCGGGGCAAGGAGUUCACGUUUAGGAGGGGAGUAUCAGGAUUUAUUCUUGAUUUAACAAUUGCGUCUCCCCGACUAGCCCGCAGAACAAGUGAAUGGAGGGUACUGGACGAGGAAACAAUGAGUGACCACCAGUACAUAGAGUUUUUAGUCUCCGAGGAGAAUUCCAGAGGGCGCGUCGCUCCUAAAUAUGGUAGCAAGAGCCCCUCUUGGAACCUCAGGAGGCUAAACAGGGAGAAGCUGGUGGAAUCCCUGGAAGAGUCGCGAUUUAUUCGAGAACUAAACUGGGUGAGGAAACCGGCUUCUUUAAAGGGUAUAGUGCGAGAGGCAAGGCGAGUGAUUGUACAAGCUUGCAAUCACUCUAUGCCUCGCCGGCAGAAAAGAAAAACUGGAAAGGGAUCUAUGUACUGGUGGAAUGAAGAACUAGCCUGUCUUAAGAGAGAUUGCCACGCAGCUAGGAGGAAGUUUACCCAUUCUAAGGGAAACCUCCAGCUGCGGGAAACAUGA